AUGGACUUUCCUGAAGUUGAUGUUUCGGAGGAACCUAUGCAGAUCGAUAGUUCUGAUAAUGAUUCUGUAAUAUCUACACGCUCUGGGAAUUAUAGUUUCAUUCCUAAAAAACAAGGCAAAAAACCAAUUGGUGGGGGAAGGAUCAGUAUCGCAUUACCUAUUGAAAUUGCCAAUAUUUUAUUCUCGGAAGAAGAAGUUGAAGAUUUUAGUGAAAUUUCUUCCGAUAAAGAUGAAGAUCUAUUCGAUCAAGAGAUAGAUUUUAAUGCACCAGCAAUAAUGUUUGAAAACAUUAAUCAAAAAGAAUCCAUAGAUAUCAAUAAUAAUUUUAUGUGGGAAUUUUCUAACUAUCCGAUGGCCAAUCAAAGAUUUUUAUGCAAUUAUCUAAUUGCUAAAAAAAUUUCAACAUCAAAAGGUGAUAUAUACAAACCAUCGUCAAUUUAUCCGAUAGCCUCCUUAAGUCAUCAAUUGCAGUCGUUGUUCAAUAAGAAAGGAUUUGAAGAAUCUUAUCCAGAAGAAGAUUUACCAUUCUUCCGUAAAGAGCUAUCGGAUAGUCAUUUGGGCUUAAUGAUUAACCUUGAUUGGUUUCAACCAUUCCAAAACUCUCAAUAUGGCAUCGGUGCAAUUUAUGAUGUAAUUUGCAACCUUUCACGUGAUGAGCGAUUCAAGCCAUCAAACAUAUUGACUUUAGUAUUAAUACCAGCGCCCAUAAUGGAUCAAUUGAUUGGUUUGUGGGAUGGGAUCGAACUAGAAAGAACUUUUGAAAGCUCUAUCGGUAAAUUCAUCAGAGUUGCAAAAUCUGCUGAACGUGGUGGAUUUGCUGAUAUGAGUGAAUGGUUUGUUGAGAGAAAUAUCGAUAUAAUUCGUCAAGAUGCAAUUUUAUGA